AUGAAGAACUUGCUUGAGAUUACUAUCCAACAACUAGAAAAAGAGAUUAAUGAAAUUAAAAAAAACCAUGAUAAAGAAUUAGCAGAGUUAACUCGGGAUUUAAUGCGUGAGGAAAUGAAUAAAGACAUGAGGCUUUCGCGACUCAGUCCGCGGAAUACUUUUAAUUUAGCUUUUGAACUUUCGACAAUUGAACUUACAAAAAACCAAACAAACGAACUUGUUCAAUACUUUAAUUCCCCUACUACUAAUUCCCCUACUACUAAUUCCCCUACUACUAAUUCCCCUACUACUAAUUCCCCUACUACUAAUUCCCCUACUACUAAUCCCUCUCUCAAAAAACGUUCUUCGGGUUAUUUUCCUUAUUCUUCCGAAACUAAUCCCAGCGAAGUAGCAAGGGCUAGACUUUCCAUUUUGGAAAGGAGUUAUCAAUUACAAAUAGAUAAUUUAGAAAAAAGAACCCGCCAGGCAGAAACUCGCCGAGAACUUUUAAAUAACCAAUUAUCACCCCAACUUAAAUUCAAAACUCCCAGCCGGAAAACUCGCCGAGCUUCGGAAGGUUCAAGUAAUAGACCGCUCCUUAUGGUUCGAAACAAUAGUUUUAAAAGUAGUAGCCGACCGAGCGAAAUAUUUUCUUCUUUCGGUAGUUCCUUUAAUCUCGAAGAUUUGGCAGAAGAGGAUACAAUAUUAGGAGCUUAUGCUAAAAAAACUCAGACUUUGCUAGCGGAAAAACCAGAACAGAUACUAGGAACCGAAAAUAAUUUAUCCCAAAAAGAAAAUAAAAGUGAAAAACAUAAAAAUUGUAGACUUAAGGAUAGAAUAAUUGCCGAAUUAGAGCGAGAAGUUUUUUCGUUGAAACAAAAUGCUAUUAUUAAAGAAAAGAUUAGUAAUUAUAAAAGUAAGGAUAAAGAGAUAACUGAUGCUAGUUUUGCCAGGUGGUUGCGAGACAUUAAACGAAUGACUACCGAAAGGUUUUUAAAUGAGGGCGAUGAAGAGAGAUUAAGAGACGAAUAUCAAGUUUACCAGCAAACCGUGGAUUUCCCAGCUUUAAUGAAAAAGAAGUCAGGAGAUUAUGGAGUAGUAGAAGAUUUAAAAGCAAAAAUUGAAGAGUUAGAAACAGAGUUAUUUCAAGCGGGGGCAGACUUGGAAAACUUAAAUGAGCAGAUAGAAAAAGAAGCGGGUGUAACUUUUAAAUUACGGAAAGAAAAUAUAGGGAUGAUGCAGAAAAUAUUCAAGUUAGAAAAGAAAAAACCUUGUGAAGUAUGGCAACAUAAGGAUUUAGAAAGGCGACUUGCCAAUACAAGAAAAGCACUUGAAAUUGACAAACUGAAAGCUAAACUUGGAGAAGAAAACUCAACCAAUAGUAGCGACAAUGAGAGCGACAAUGAGGAAGUAAAUAUUAACCCAAAAAUUAUUGAUAAUCGAAAGACUUUGGGUUUUUCAAGGCUAAUUAAUAAACUUAACCAGUUGCCUAGUCCAGGAAUGACUAAUUAUCCAUCCUAUAAGCUCGGACAGUAUAACGCUCAUAGAAAUGACCCUAUUAACCAA